ACGGUAGUAACGACCGCGAAGUCGGUGAGCGGUGACUGCAAAACUGAACAGCGUGCGGUCCGCGCAACACGCGAUGAACGAUGUGGUUACGAUACAUCAGUAGUUUUCGCAUAACCAGACGAUGGUCUUCGGUGAAGAUAAUCGCGACGUCAUCAGUGGUCGGAGAGAGAGACGGCAGCGGCCGACGGACGGGACGAAUUCACAGGUAGUGCUUACCAGACCACUUGUCCGUGUCCGACGAGAACGCCGGCUGUGAAUCAUGAGAUAAUGCCGAUGGCGUUACGACGAGACGGUGGCGCGCGCGCCAUUGGCCCGACCGCCGGGCGGCGCGCGUGGCCGUUAAAAAGUGGCGGGCGAACGCGGCGUGCACGUCUCGCGAGUCUUCCGACACGGAACGCGUCGGCAGUAGACUUGUACGCGGAGGCAGCGACGACGACGACGACGACAAAAUUGUUAUUGCAGCGUGCUCCUCCAAAUUCGAUUGUAGUAGUUUUUUUUUUUUUUGGUUUUUUUUUUGUUUCCAUCCGAAAAUUUUUCGUGUUUGAUUGUCACACGAUCUCCGCCUCCCAGACAAUAACACUAUUGCAAUACGCGUAAUUAUCCAAAAUCAUCGUCGUCUCGACGAUUAUUAUAAAGCUCGACACCGUGAGACGCGCUCUCCGCAGACGACGACGACGACGACGACGUCAAAAUCGUUAUCGUCGCGAUAUAUGACAAUAACAAUAUCUUAUUACCAAUUAUUGCCACGGUAAUUUGUGCGAAAUCGCGGUUUUCUCGUAGUAUAACAGUCGUAAGCAUCGCCGUCGGCCGCGGCCAGAAGACGCGCUCGGAGUAGGCCGUCGUCGCCGUCCCUCGAAUUCAUCAUCGUAAUUUUACAAAUAAUUUACAAGAAUGGCACGUGACACGCCAGACGAAUCAGUUCCACUAGAAUUAAUCAUACCGGGUAAUGCAAAAAGAGGAUCAUUGAUCAGUAGUCGUUUCGUUGAUUUAGCCACCGACGGAUUGUCAAACGGCCAUUCAAAUGUCCCUGUCCAAAAACCAUUGAAACUGAAGAACCUCAUAUCCAAAGGAGAAGCAUUCGAUUCAUUACAUCAUAACUCCACCAAGCCUCCAUUGUGUAAUGAAAAAGCAUGCCUUGGCAGUGUUAUUCUUCCGCCGGCAUUUCAUAACUCAACAGUCAGACCAAAAGCUGAAGUACUAGAGCUUGCUGAAGAUUUUAUGAAACAAUAUUUCGCCUCCAUUAAAAGAUCCAAUACUCCAGCGUAUGAAGCCAGAUGGGAACAAGUACAACAAGAAGUUAACGCCACCGGUACUUAUCAACUUACAGAAACUGAAUUGGUAUUUGGUGCCAAAUUAGCGUGGAGGAAUUCUGCCAGAUGCAUUGGACGAAUACAAUGGGCUAAACUGCAGAUGUUUGAUUGUAGAUCAGUAACUACAACUAGCAACAUGUUUGAAGCUAUUUGCAACCACAUCAAGUACAGCACAAACAAGGGUAACAUAAGAUCAGCUAUAACUGUAUUUCAACAAAGGACCGAUGGUCGGCACGAUUUUCGUGUUUGGAACUCUCAACUGAUUUCUUACGCUGGAUACAAACAACCAGACGGAACAAUCAUUGGCGACCCGAUGAACGUAGAAUUCACUGACGUAUGUACAAAACUAGGUUGGCGCGGAAAAGGUACAAGAUGGGAUUUACUGCCUUUGGUAUUAUCAGCAAAUGGACACGAUCCAGAUUAUUUCGAUUUACCAAGGGAACUAGUUUUGGAAGUUUCACUUACUCAUCCGUCAUUCGAUUGGUUUUCUGACUUGGGACUCCGGUGGUACUGUCUUCCAGCAGUGUCCGGAAUGUUGUUCGACUGUGGAGUUCAGUUCACAGCUUGUCCAUUCAAUGGAUGGUACAUGAGCUCGGAAAUCGGAUGUAGAAAUCUAUGCGACCCACAUAGAUAUAAUGUUCUAGAUGAAGUCUUAGAACGUAUGAAAAAUGAAUUGAAAAAUUACGGAUUUUUGAAAAAAGAUCGAGCUCUUAUUGAAGUGAAUUUAGCUGUACUUCACAGUUUUCAAUCGAACAAUAUCACGAUAAUGGACCAUCACACCGCAUCUGAAUCGUUUAUGAAACACUACGACAACGAGUUAAGAACGAGAAAAGGAUGUCCUGCGGAUUGGGUAUGGAUUGUGCCUCCAAUUUCUGGCUCCAUCACACCUGUUUUUCACCAAGAAAUGGUCAGCUACGAACUUCAUCCAAUGUAUGCUUAUCAGGAACCAGCCUGGAAAACUCAUGUUUGGAAAAAAGGACAAAAUCAAGGAAAAUCUUUAAAGAAACAGAGACGAAAGUUCCACUUUAAACAAAUCGCUAGAGCUGUGAAAUUUACGUCAAAAUUAUUUGGACAAGCAUUGUCUCGUAGAAUAAAAGCAACUAUACUAUAUGCAACAGAAACAGGACGAUCAGAAAUGUAUGCAAAAAAAUUGGGUGAAAUAUUUGCACAUGCUUUUCAUUCUCAGGUAAUGAGCAUGGAAGAAUAUGAUAUGACAAGUAUUGAACACGAAGCGUUAUUGUUAGUGGUUGUAUCAACUUUUGGAAAUGGUGAUCCUCCGGAGAAUGGACAGGAAUUCGCACAACAAUUGCAUUCUAUGAAAAUGGAACACGAAGGCACUAAUUCUAAUAAAUCGCUUGCCGUCAAAUCAUCACCUCUCAGCUCCGCAUCAUUUAUAAAGGCAAAUAGUCUUUCAGAAUGUCAUCAUUUAACUGAACUAAAUGAUUUGUCUAACAGAGAUUCAACAGAUGUUGAUAACUUCGGACCACUUGGAAACGUCAGAUUUGCGGUGUUUGGAUUGGGCUCGAGCGCGUAUCCAAACUUUUGUGCAUUUGGAUCGUAUGUUGAUAAUCUUCUAGGUGAGCUUGGUGGAGAACGACUAAUCAAACUCAAUAAAGGCGACGAAAUGUGUGGCCAAGAGCAAGCCUUUAAAAAAUGGGCUACUGAUGUUUUUCAUGUGGCGUGCGAAACGUUCUGUUUGGACAUGGACGAAUCUCUUAGCGAAGCGUCACAAGUACUUCAUAACGAAAAGCUGUCCGCGUCUACAGUUCGAUUCGUAAACAGUCAUGAACCGGACGAUCUACAUUCCGCAUACUCACACUAUCACAACAAAAGAGUUUGGACUUGCCGACUAUCUAACAAACAGAACUUAAUAAGCAACAGUGGAGAUGGCAAGAAUGACCGCGUGACAUUGUGGCUAGAGAUUGAUGUGGACGAUUGGGCAAAAUCGGAGAAGAUAAUGUAUCGACCGGGUGAUCACGUGGGCAUGUUCGCGACCAACCGAGCUGAACUGGUAUCUGGUAUUAUACCGUACUUGCAAUGUGACCAAGAUCCCGACGAACCGAUGGAACUUCAAAUGCUCAAAGAAAAACAUACAUCUACAGGUGUAUCUAAGAAUUGGUCUCCUCACGAGAAGAUACCAAGAUGCUCUUUGCGAACUUUAUUGACAAGAUUCUUAGACAUCACCACACCACCUACACCAAAUAUGCUACAAUUUUUCGCUUCGUGUGCUACUGAUCCCACUGAUAAAAAAAAUCUCAUAGCAUUAGCAACAGACAGUGCUGCUUACGAAGAUUGGCGUCAUUGGAAUUUACCCAAUCUCCUAGAAAUUUUCCAAGAGUUUCCCUCUAUUAAACCACCAGCUGCAUUAUUAGUCGCACAGCUUACACCAUUACAACCGAGAUUUUAUAGUAUUUCUUCAUCAAGUUUAUUACAUCCACACAAAGUACACCUCACUGUCGCAGUAGUCACUUAUAAGACUAAAGGUGGAAAAGGCUUAUUGCACUAUGGCGUAUGUUCCAAUUACUUAUUGGAUGCUAACAUAGAUGACACGGUGUACAUGUUUAUUCGAAGCGCACCCAAUUUCCAUUUGCCUGAAGACGUGACAAAGCCGUUAAUACUCGUCGGUCCUGGCACAGGUAUCGCUCCGUUCCGAGCUUUUUGGCAACACAGAUAUGCGCAGAAGAAAACCGGCAUUGAUACGAAAAUGGGCAGAACCAUGUUGUUCUUCGGAUGCCAAUACAAAUCGAUGGAUCUCUACAAAACGGACAAGAUGGAAAUGAUAAAAGAAGGCGUGUUGGACAAGACUUACUUGGCGCUGUCCAGAGAACCGUCGAUUCCGAAGACUUACGUACAGGAUUUGAUGCUGAAAGAAGCGAAAAUGAUAUACGAAUUAAUAGCCGUGGAAAGGGGGCACUUUUACGUGUGCGGUGAUUGUAAAAUGGCUGAGAACGUGUACCAAACCCUCAAGUCGAUAAUUCAAGAGCAGACCGGCAUGAAUUCGACACAGUCCGAUAACUUCAUGUUGGGAUUACGGGACGACAACCGUUAUCACGAAGACAUAUUCGGCAUCACGCUGAGGACGGCCGAGGUGCACAACAGUUCAAGGCUGUCCGCUCGAAUCCGAAUGGCGUCCGAAACGCUUCCAUAACGUUCAAUUUGGCCUACAAUAGGCAACAUGUUGGCUAAGUCGAUAGCAACGAUACAAGAAUUUAGAGACAAAAAAUUGUAAUUAUACUAUCUUUUAAGUAUAAUACGUAUAUCUACCUACUUAUAAUAAUACGUAUGUAGACACGAGUGUAUAAACAUAUUAUUUUCUUUUCGGAUAAUUUCAAAUUUCUACAAUGUAUAUGAUAAUAUUAUGGAGUGCUUAUCCCCCUUUCUGCACACACCUACACACCAUAGUCAUCAACGCACACUAUCGUCGUACCCACCUGCAUAUCUCGUGUAGUGAGUAGAGGUAUCUGUACGUACAUUAUGUAUUAUAUACGCUACCCACUCGCCGUAAACAUUAAAACGAAAACGUCUCUGUCCAUUAAUUAUUGGAUGCUUCAAAAAUGUGAAUAAAAACACGUUUGUUGUUUCUUUUUAAUGAUUUCGUGUUUUCUUUCUGGCGAUAUGCGCGCACUACCCACUUUUUCGUUUUAAAAUAUGCAACGAUUAAAACGAUCUCACAUAUGGGUUUGCGUGCGUAUAAUUAAUGAAUACGCGCACGUUUCCGUUUUGUUUCGAUUUCAGUUGAUCAAAAAAUCAUAUUAUGCAUAGUUUAUAUUGAUGUAUUAAUAAACGCGAAGCGAGUAAAAAACGAUUUUUGGAAAAUAUCGUAGUCGGACAUAAUAUUGUAAUGUUAUUUAUGAAUUCAAUUUUAAUUAAUUCAUCAACAUUUGUAAUUUAGACAAUAUUAUACAUAUUACUGUAUAUAUUACACAUUAUACAAUACACAUAUAGUAUUAUAUUAUAUAUAUAUAUCAUUGUAACCUAACCAAUAUGUAAUUGAAAUGUUGUUAGUUAUAUAGUUAGUUUUAUUUAAAUGUACGUCUUGGUAAAAGUAUUAUAGUUAAAUAGUCUAAAUCAAAGGUUCUCAUUUUUUCUAUUCCAGUACAAACUAGAAAUGUUCACGUACCAUACUUGAAACUAAUAUUAUAUAGAUAAUGUUUAAUAUUAAUAAUAGGCAAAUUAUAGUUCUAUUUUUUUUCUUCAAAGUCAAGUAUCACCCAUCAGCUUUUCGCGUACCACAUAUGUAUAUUGAGAACAAGCAGUAGAACAACUGAUCUUAAAAUUGAAUAGUUUAAAUUUAGUACCUAAUACUAAUAAUGAGAUUCAUUUUGAAUUUUUUUGUAAAUUAUCUUCUUGUGUAUAAAAUACAUAUAAAUAUUAUAUUCUUUUAUGUUACCAAAAGUAUUUACACUUAAAUCUUUUACUAUAUUUAAUUAAAUAAAAAUACAUGGUUUAAAUUAUUAUCUUAUAAUCACAUUAACGCGUCAAUUUAUUCAAUUUUUUUUCUUUUUUUUUUUAAUAAGAUUUUUUAGCUCUAAACGUAUAUUUCUUAUUAUAAUAAUAUAUCAUUAUUAUCUUUGUUAUUUUUUAUUAUAAUGGGUGUACUUGAAUAUUUUUAUCGGUUUUUGAUUAAUAAUUUUAAAACAAAAAUCAUUCCUAU